CAAGUACUGAUCUCCCGCGCGUCGCAGAAAUUGUCUGUGACCCGGCGGAAGUGAUUUUCCAACUGCCCCGGAACCCUCCGCGGCAGGCUGCUGGGGGUGGGGGGGCGGCCCUGGAGAAGGGGCUGUGCCGGUGCGCGGGGACCGGGUGCUGUGACUGCGGUGGCUGUGAAGCUGACUAGAUACUACUAAGUUUCCUUUGGAAGUGAAGUGGAGUUUCAUAAGAACACAAUGGAUGGAGAAGAAAAAACCUAUGGUGGCUGUGAAGGCCCUGAUGCCAUGUAUGUCAAACUAAUAUCUUCAGAUGGCCAUGAAUUUAUUGUAAAAAGAGAACAUGCCCUUACCUCAGGAACUAUAAAAGCCAUGUUGAGUGGCCCGGGUCAGUUUGCUGAAAAUGAAACCAAUGAAGUCAAUUUUAGAGAGAUCCCUUCACAUGUGCUAUCAAAAGUAUGCAUGUAUUUUACCUACAAGGUUCGCUACACUAACAGCUCCACCGAGAUUCCUGAAUUCCCAAUUGCACCUGAAAUUGCACUGGAACUGCUGAUGGCUGCGAACUUCCUAGAUUGUUAAAUAAAAUAAAUUAUAAUAAACUGUUAACUUUUUUUCAGUAUUUAAUACCUGUAGUUCAGUUAGUAAUUUUUUCAUAUAUAGCAUGUUGCCUAUGUGCAGUUGAACUUUAAAGUUCAUUGAAAAGCAGAUUAUCUUCUGUUCUUUUGCAUAGCAAUCAGAGUUGAGAUUUGUUUGCUACAUCAACAAAUUCAGGACAUUUUCACAAAUUGAGAUAUUAAACAAAUAUGCCAAUUCAUAGGAGAUUUUGCCUUAUCCUUUGGAUGUGGUUUUUAAAGUUAGAGCAGUGGUGAUACAGUAAAUGCUGAAAAUUAAGCAUCCACGAACAUGUUCUACAGGUAAAUAAUGGGGCAAUGUAUUUUUAUGUUUUUAGUGUUUUUUUUAAAAACCUGAUCUUAUAGCUGUCAUUAGCAUCACUAGUUAUGCAAAUAAUUGCAUUAUAAACUUGUUUAUAACUUAGCCAAAACAUUGAUUUUUUAUAACUGUCAAAGACAUAGAGUUAGUAUUUCUUAUGUGUCUUUUGAUAAACUGCAGUAUUGUUUAAAUGUAUCUUUUGUUUAAUGCUACAACUUAAGAAUUUUAUUUAAAAGCAGUUUUGGAAAAUUACAAGGUACAGUUUUGGAGUAGUGACUUUUUAAACUGUAGCCAGAUGGUCAAAGGUCUAAUAUGCCUUUGAUUUCCUGUGCAUUGUGCAUUUUGGCCAACCCAAAGUACAUACCUUCAGCUACUUUAAAGCUUCUUUUGCAAUAUCCAUUCUUCUUACAUAGUCUUUGUGAUUCCAUUUAUUAUUUGAAUUUGUUUGAAAAAACUCACUAUGAAUUUUAUCCAGGUCUUAAAAGCUAGACGUUUCUGAACUAUCCUAGUCUUCCUCCAUCCAAAUAAAAUAUGUAUGAAAAACAUGCGGAGACAUGCAGUGUAAAUCUUACAAUACCCUUUGAUACAUAGUAUGUAGAUUAUCUUCUAUUAUUUAAAAUGUGUCCUGAUAAAUAUGACACCCAUAGUCUCUGUGUCUUAUACUGAAAUCAAACUUAGAAGGAUGUCAAAUUACUUUUUAUACUAAGCUAAAAGGAUUUUGAAAAACUUAACAUCUUUGCUUAGGCAUAGGAAAAGAAGUACUGAAAUUGGGUUUAUUGUCUCUGAGGUCAAACAAUGCUGUCAUUAUAGGGUCUAUAAAACUUAAGUCUUCAACUUAGUUCUUCUAGACUGGUUCAAUAUGACCAGUUUUUCUGGAAACUGAAAAAACCAUAAACAACAAAGACCUAGAAAAAUAAUUUUGCAUCCUAAAAGACCCAACUACUUUCUGAUUCACUGAAAGCAUUCAAAUAUAAAUGUAACUUGCAUAUAUUUUAGUAAAUUCUUGAGACAUACUGGCACAUAUUUUAGUAUAGAAGAUUAUCAAGUACAAGAACUAUAUUCUAUCGUAACAGAUUAUGCCAAUUAUAAACCUAAAUGAUGAUCUUAAAAGGUCAAGGUGAUAGCUAGAAAUAAAAGUUUAAUUUUGACCAAUUUAGUGGGUUACUUUAUGUGUUAGGUCCAGAAGUAACCUUAUGUUUAAAACAUUGAAGUAGAACUGAAAUGAAGAUUAGGAAAAACUGUAUAUCUUGCAAAUGGUACUUGCAUGUUAAUAAAGGCUCUAUUGACCGAAAGGUUUGA